AUGUUUGUGUUAAACAUUGAGAAUCAGAAACCAUCUGUUUUCAACCAAUUGUCAAAUUUUGUUGAAACUUCUGAAGGAACAGAUCGAAUAAACUUGAGUAAACUGUUGUUGCUGAACUGGAACACAAGUUUGCUGAUGAAUCACAGUAAUCAAAUAGUGUGGAUGAACAUUCAUAAGUUACUUCGUGGCAAUGUUCCUUUGGAAGUGGAUACUAUUGCUUUAAAACUUGAGCCAAGUUUUCAUGGGACAUCAAGUCAAGUAAAACAUCCCCAGGCCCAGCCCAUUACUGGUGUGGGCCGGGAUAGAAGGUCCAAUAGUCAUUGUCUAAGACAAGGGUCAGAAGAGAAUUGGAGCUCUAGUGGGACAAGUGUCUUGGAUCAAGAACAGUCAGCAGUUGAUGAUGCAAACCUUUGUUCCACAUCAUCAAUUUGUGCAGCACCUAUAUGUCGCCAAUUUUGGAAAGCUGGAGUCUACAAUGAUCAUAUUACUGCUAAGUUUGCAACUCAAUCUGGUUCGAGUUAUCUACAUAUACACCCAAGAUUUCUUCACUCAAAUGCUACUUCUCAUAAAUGGGUUUUUGGUGCUGUUGCAGAGCUAAUUGACAAUGCUGUUGAUGAGAUACAAAAUGGAGCCACCUAUGUACUUAUAGAUAAAACCUUAAAUCCAAGAAAUGGAAGUUCAGCACUAUUAAUUCAAGAUGAUGGGAAUGGGAUGGAUCCAGAAGCAAUGCGCCGAUGUCUAAGUUUUGGAUUUUCAGAUAAGAAGUCAAUAUCAUCGAUUGGAAAGUAUGGAAAUGGCUUCAAGACCAGUUCUAUGAGGCUUGGAGCUGAUGUAAUAGUUUUCAGCCGAAACACGACCAACAGUAAAAUGACCCAGAGCAUUGGCCUUUUAUCAUACACAUUUUUGACUCGGGAGGGCUAUGACAAAAUAGUAGUUCCAAUGGUCCACUAUGACUUCAACUUCAUUACAGGCUCUUUUAAUUCCCUGCAAUCAAAAAGCAAUGAGAACUCUAAUCUUAAUCUCUCAAUGCUGCUGCGAUGGUCUCCAUAUUCAACAGAAGAGGAACUGCUGCAACAAUUUGAAAAUGUUGGUUCUCAUGGCACCAAGGUCAUUGUAUACAAUCUGUGGCUUGAUGAAGACAAGAAUUUGGAGCUUGACUUUGAGUCAGAUCCUGAGGAUAUUCGUAUUACUCGGGAUGCACAUGGGAAAAUAAAAGAUGGUUCUCGUCAAGCAGCAAGUGAACAACAUAUUGCCAACCGACUUCGUUAUUCUCUCCGGGCAUACUUAUCCAUCCUGUACUUAAAAUUACCAGAAACUUUUGCAAUAGUGUUACGUGGGAAAGUCGUCCUUUAUCAUAACGUCUCUAGAGACUUGAAGUACACAGAAUUUAUUAUCUACAAACCUCAAAGCACAACUGUUGAGGUUAUUACAACAAUAGGAUUUAUCAAAGAGGCUCCACUUGUUAAUAUUCAUGGAUUUAAUGUGUACCACAAAAAUCGUCUGAUAUUGCCAUUUUGCCCUGUUGUUAGCUUUGGUGCAAACAGAGGGAGGGGCGUAGUCGGUGUUCUUGAAGCAAAUUUUAUAGAGCCCACUCACGAUAAACAGGAUUUUGAGAAAACAUCUCUUUUCCAAAAACUUGUUCAACGCUUGAAAGAAAUGACAUGGGAGUACUGGGAUUACCAUUGUGGACUGAUUGGGUACCAGUUCACAAAAAAAUACAAGCCUUCAUUGUCCACAUCAGCUGCCCCUAUUUUUGUUCAUCACCAUGGUACAGAACAACCUAUUCCUAUGAGGAAUCGUUCCUCUAUUGUUGGUGUGCCUAAAAAUAGACCAAUGGCAAAUGCCAUUGCUAUGUAUAAUAAUAGCAAGCUCACUCUUGAAUCCAAUUCCCUACCCAAACCAGUAGAACCAAGCUUCCCUAGAGGUUUCCAACAAGAACAACAUAUUCCUAUGAUGAAAAGCCCUUCUGCUGCUGGCAACAGGCCAAUGAUGACUGCAGUUUAUAGCAAGGUCACUCUUGGCUCAAAUUCCUUGUCAAAACCAGCAGAACCAAGCUUCCCUAGAGGUUUCCAACAAGAACAACCUAUUCCUAUGAGCAAAAGCUCCCCUGUUGUUGUUGGUACGAUUAGAAAUAGGCCAAUGGUGACUACAGUACAUAGCAAGGUCGCUCUUGAAUCAAAUUCAUUGCCAAGACCAAUAGAAACAAGCUUACCUACAGGUUUCCAACAAGGGUCAAACUUGAAGAGGAAAUCAUGUGAUCAACCUACAAUGUUCAAAUCAGAGGCUCAGAUUGUGGCUGAUUCUAACAAAAGAUCUAAUAUGCCUGGUUUGGCCAACCCCCAAGAGCCAAUAAAUGUGAGAGAACAGAACCGUAAACUUCGAGCCCGAUGCUCAGAAUAUGAGAAGACCCAAGAACAACUUAAGCUCAAGGUGAAACAGCUUAAAGUGGAAUUAGAAGAGGCCCAAAAGGAGUAUGUCCGUGUAUUGGAUGAGAUGCUAUGCCUGUAGUAAGUCAAGGGGAAAUAUGUUUUUGAUGUGUAAAUGAAGUUUGUAAAGGUAACACGUCUAUUUUCUUUCAUUUAGGCCACACUUGUUUUGGAUUGGAAUUGGAAUCCGAAAUCCAUGGAAAUCAAUUCCGUUGGAAGGUGAAAAUUCCCUGAUUUGACCAUUCCUUUUGGAAAUCAAUUGCAAAACACCAAAAUAACCCUCAUUGUAUAUUAGAUAUAUAGAUAGAUAGAAAAUUAUUAUUAUUAUUUCAGUCUCCAAAUAAAACAAGCAAAU